CCGUAGACUUCUUCACAUACAUAAUGGGCUACAAAGCAAAGUGGACUCAAAUGGGAUACGACUGUCCGCUCGUCAAUAAACUCGUGUGCAGUAAAAUACAGCAACAAAUGGGCGGUCGGCUUAAGGUGAUGAUCGUCGGCGGCGCUCCACUUAACCACACAACACAGGCCACAAUCAAAGCCGCACUCAAUCUUACGUUAAUUCAGGGUAUGGACUUCGAUGACCUGUCCUACGGUCGAGUGGGUAUACCUCUUCAGGGCGUUAAAGUGAAACUAGUCGAUUGGGCGGAAGGCGGAUAUCACCGGUCAGAUGAGCCAAACCCGAGGGGAGAGAUCGUAUUUGGCGGCGACUCAAUAGUUAUGGGUUACUAUAAACUGCCCGAACAAACACAGGAGGCGUUUGAAGUGGACGAGAGGGGCGUCCGUUGGUUUCAUUCGGGAGAUAUCGGAGAGAUGUUCGCCGACGGGACCUUCAAAAUCAUUGACCGCCGAAAAGAUUUGAUUAAAUUACAAAACGCUGAAUACGUUUCGCUCGGAAAAAUCGAAGCGCUGAUGAAGUCGUGCCAAUACGUGGACAACAUCUGCGUGUGUGGCGGCACUUAUAGCAAUGAGUUGACAGCACUCGUCAGCCCUAAUCAAAAGAAUCUCCAGAAAUUGUCCCAAGAGUUGGGUCUAAAAGACACACAAAUCGGUGAUCUUUGCCGAAACGCCGACGUUUGCAAACGGGUUUACGCGGCGAUCGUACAGACGGGACAGUCGGCCGGCAUUAGCAAAAGGGAGAUACCGGUGCGGAUACGGCUGGUGCCCGACGAGUGGACGCCCGACAACGAUAUGUUGACCUCAGCCAUGAAAAUGAAGCGCAGAAUUGUCGAGAAACAGUAUCACAAUGAGAUCAAUGGUCUCUUUGCCGACAAUGAUAUCCACAGUAUUAUUAGUAAUACUAACAGUGAAUCUAAAAAGAGGGCCUAAAAUCAAGACAUUCACUAUAAAUUAAAAUACAAUUUCUUUGUUUGCUUUGUUCAUUGAUUUUUAAAACAUGUUUUUGUUUUUUUGCUCAAAAUGUUAUUUUUUGUAAUUUCAUUUGAAGUGUUAUAUGAUUUAACGUUAUAAACCGGGAAUGAAUGCCUUAACACAAAAUUCAACAUUAAAUUGUAGUUUAAGACAUCGAGCGGCCUCUCACAACUUGUUACAUUUUCUUUAUUACCUUUAUUAAUUCACUAUAUUAUGUCACGUUAAAAAACGUUAUGCAUU